AUGUGUCUGUGUGGUACCAACUUCCUGUGUGAUGGUGAUAAGUGUCUGUGUGGAACCAAUUUCCUGUCUGAUUAUGACAUGCAUGUGUGUGGUACCAACUUUUUGUCUGGUGGUGAUAUGUGUCUGUGUGGUACCAACUUCCUGUGUGAUGGUGAUAUGUGUCUGUGUGGUACCAACCUCCUGUCUGAUGGUGAUAAAUGUCUGUGUGGAACCAACUUCCUGUCUGAUGGUGACAUGCAUGUGUGUGGUACCAACUUUCUGUCUGAUGGUGAUAUGUGUCUGUGUGGUACCAACAUCCUUUCUCAUGGUGAUAUGUGUCUGCAUGGUUCCAACAUCCUGUCUGAUGGUGAUAUAGGUCUGUGUGGUACCAACAUCCUGUCUGAUGGUGAUAUGUGUCUGUGUGGUACCAACAUCCUGUCUGAUGGUAAUAUGUGUCUGUGUGGUACCAACUUCCUUUGUGAUGGUGAUAUAUGUCUGUGUGGUACCAAAUUCCUGUGUGAUGGUGAUAUGUGUCUAUGUGGUACCAACUUCCUGUGUGAUGGUGAUAUGUGUCUGUGUGGUACCAACUUCCUUUGUGAUGGUGAUAAGUGUCUGUGUGGUACCAACUUCCUGUGUGAUGGUGAUAUGUGUCUGUGUGGUACCAACUUCCUGUCUGAUGGUGAUAAGUGUCUGUGUGGAACCAAUUUCCUGUCUGAUGGUGACAUGCAUGUUUAUGGUACCAACUUUCUGUCUGAUGGUGAUAUGUGUCUGUGUGGAACCAAUUUCCUGUCUGAUGGUGACAUGCAUGUGUGUGGUACCAAUUUUCUGUCUGAUGGUGAUAAGUGUCUGUGUGGAACCAACUUCCUGUCUGAUGGUGACAUGCAUGUGUGUGGUACCAACUUUCAGUCUGGUGGUGAUAAGUGUCUGUGUGGAACCAAUUUCCUGUCUGAUGGUGACAUGCAUGUUUGUGGUACCAACAUCCUUUCUCAUGGUGAUAUGUGUCUGUGUGGUACCAACAUCCUGUCUGAUGGUGAUAUGUGUCUGUGUGGUACCAACAUCCUGUGUGAUGGUGAUAUGUGUCUGUUUGGUACCAACUUCCUGUGUGAUGGUGAUAUGUGUCUGUGUGGUACCAACUUUCUUUGUGAUGGUGAUAUGUGUCUGUGUGGUACCAACUUCCUGUGUGAUGGUGAUAUGUGUCUGUGUGGUACCAAUCUUGUGUUGGUUUGUCUUUGUGAGGUAUCAACUUCCUGUCUGGUGUUAACAUAUCUGUUGGCUAAUCAAAAUAGAUGA